UUUCCAUUGUAUAAAGCCUCCAUUAAGAAACUUAAAAAAAAAUCAAAACUCUGGUAUUACUCACUUCCUUUCCCAUCUGAUAAGUUUCUGGUUUCUAUUUACUGAAUUGGCUGCAUACAAAAUGACAAAUGGAAUACUUUUGAACCUCUUGCGUAGGAAAGCCAACCUAUUUGUGAUGACUGUAUAUAGCCUUUCUAGCUCUGAUUCUACUUUUUGCUCACAAAUUAGAGUUUAGGUUGUUUUUUGCCUGGUGGUCUUGAUCCUAACUGUUAUCUGCGUUGCUUUGAGUUGCAUGAGAAAGUGAUUGCGUAAAGUUUUAGAAAAGAAAAAGUAGAACAAGCUAAGCAAUGCUUAAUUUAACUGUCCCAGUCGCGUAAUUCACGAACCUGUACUAGUUCUCAAGUUUGGGGUGUUUCUUUUUAGCGAGAGAGUGCUACUGAUGAGCUCUGCUUGCAAAGAUGAGCUCUGCUUGCAAAGAUGAGAUUGGGAAAUUUCAUGUGCCUGUAAGAAUUUAAGUGAGCCAUUUUAUGAGGCAGUUUUCAUUUUAAGCUUUUUCUUCAGGAAUAGAUUUUAAGAACUUAGGGAGUGGUGUCUAAGGGAGGUCAGUGAUAACAGGACACAAUGCCACUUGCAGCACAGGAGUUUAGACUGCACCGGCCCUGGAUUCACACACAGGAACCUUCUCCCAACAGAACCACUCAGCUUCUAACUGUUGUGGUUAUAUGCAUAACUUGAAUGAGAAGCAAGGGCCCUUUGGUUUAACUUCUGUGUCAUAUGAGGUCUGGAAUGAGUCAUAUGAACACUGGAAUUGUGGCAUUGGAGAAGAGAAUGAGGACUCACACACUAUGAUAAAAGUUAAAAAGAUUAUUUUGGAGUCUGUUCAGAGCCAGUGAUCAAAGACAAUGUGGUUGUGGUUUAUGAGGUAUUGGAAGAGAUGCUUGACAAUGGUUUUCCAUUGGCUACCGAGUCGAACAUUCUUAAAGAACUCAUAAAGCCUCCCACUAUCCUUCGAACGGUUGUCAACACCAUCACAGGAAGCACCAAUGUGGGUGACCAACUUCCCACUGGGCAGCUGUCAGUGGUGCCUUGGCGACGGACUGGGGUGAAAUACACCAACAAUGAGGCCUAUUUUGAUGUGAUUGAAGAGAUUGAUGCAAUUAUUGAUAAAUCAGGCUCCACAAUUACUGCUGAGAUCCAGGGGGUGAUUGAUGCCUGUGUCAAGCUGACUGGCAUGCCGGAUCUUACACUUUCCUUCAUGAACCCUAGGUUGUUGGAUGAUGUCAGCUUCCAUCCUUGUGUUCGUUUCAAGCGCUGGGAAUCUGAGCGCAUCCUCUCCUUCAUCCCUCCUGAUGGAAACUUCCGCCUGCUGUCUUACCAUGUCAGUGCACAGAAUCUGGUUGCAAUCCCAGUGUAUGUCAAACAUAACAUCAGUUUCCGGGACAGUAGUUCCCUUGGACGCUUUGAAAUAACGGUGGGACCCAAGCAGACGAUGGGGAAGACCAUCGAGGGAGUGACUGUCACCAGCCAGAUGCCCAAGGGGGUCCUGAACAUGAGCCUUACUCCAUCACAGGGGACGCACACAUUCGACCCAGUCACAAAGAUGCUGUCUUGGGAUGUAGGAAAAAUAAAUCCACAAAAGCCACCAAAUUUGAAGGGGACCAUGAGUCUUCAGGCUGGAGCUUCCAAACCAGAUGAAAAUCCCACGAUUAACCUGCAGUUUAAGAUCCAGCAGUUGGCCAUUUCUGGACUCAAGGUGAAUCGUCUGGAUAUGUAUGGAGAAAAGUACAAACCCUUUAAGGGCAUAAAAUACAUGACCAAAGCUGGAAAGUUCCAAGUUCGAACCUGAAGGGAGCAUUUGCAGAGGGAAUAGUAUUGCACACUUUUUCAUUUCUUACUUGUCUAAAAGUAAAAAAAAAAUCAGCCUGUCUCCUAGGUCAGUCCCCUCCUGGACCCACCCGCUCCCUUUUUUCCUUAGCCUUCAGUGCCAUGGAACUCAUCAAGGGAGGAAAAGGUCACCAGGGAGAACUAGAUGGAACUGAAACACAGCAACACCAGUUCUCAAGGACGAGGUGUGUGAUGGGGGUAGGAAGCUUGGUGCUUAUGUAACCAUUUUAAACCUGGUUUCUAUAGGAAGGACCAGCAUUGUUUAGGUUGCUUGGCUUUAAUUAUCUAAAGCCAAUGAAAUACUUCUUUGUUGAUUUUUAAGGUAGAAAGAUUAGAAAGAAAGAAAGAUGGGAAGAAAAUGAAUGUUAGUCAAGGAAAGACCAGUUAAGGAUCUGAUCUAUGAAGGAGAAGAAAGAGGAAAAAGAAGUAAGGAGUUAGGAGGAGACACUUAAAUGAAAGAUUGGCAAGAAAAGUGGUCAGACUCUACUUUAAGGAGGGCUGGGAAGGAAAGAGUUGAGUUGGUUUCUUUCUCAUUCCUUUACUCAUGUAGAAAACACUUGUACUUCUGUAAAUGGACUGGAGGCUUUUUACAUUUCAGUCCACUAUUGACAUGGAAACCCCGGUGGAAUCAGAUUUUCCCUCGAAGACCAUGGUGGUGUCGGACUAGUUUUCAGACACUGCCUGCCUGUUGCUGUCCAUCAGCACUUGGUCUCUUGUCUUCAGUGAGAAGGUGACCCCGCCUUCUUCCCAUGGUGGCUGCCUAAAAUGCUUCUUUUCUAACCCAAAACAGUUCUACUCAAUUCCUUUUACAGAAUUCACCAGCCAUUUUCCUGUUACCUGAUCCUUCCACAGGAUUUUUUAAAAGUAGGAGAGUUUCAGAGAAGCCAAUCUCAUAAUCCCCUGUGCAGCCAGGGAUUGUGUGUCAUUGCACUGGAGUAGAGAGGGCCGACUCUUCCCACGAAGGUGGGCACGGCUGUGAGUGAGUGAGCUCAUAUCUGCAUUUGUCAGUGCUGGACUGGUACCAGAUCUAACCUUCCUGUUGGUUGGAAACUUUUCCAUCUGUUGCCCUAGGAAAAGAGAAAGCUUACCGUCGAGGGUGUGGUUGAUCCUUGAAGCUGCUUGGUAAAGUUAUUUCCUCACAGUCUUUUCUUUUGUACUCUAUCAUGGAUUCAUUAAUAUCUACCAGUCCCUUUUCAUUCUAAGAUAAAACAUUUCCCCUAAAUCUCUGAAUAAAAUCAGUGCUAUAGGAAGAUGGACUGUGUUGAUCAUGGGUGUAAGCAACCCAGUUUAAGAAACAUGGCAACUAAAGGGAUACCUCAGGCUUUCUUUCCCAGUGGCUCAUUUUUGUCCUCGUUCAGUGUGUCUAUUACUUUUUAAAUAUGUAUACAAAAGGUUUUUUGUUGAAGUAUAGCUUAAGGAAUGAUACUGUGCUCUGCUUUGUGCAUGGAGAAAAAGGAAGACCCAUACUCUCCACACCCUAGAGCUUUUCUCUAAAUAAUUGUGCAAAGUUUUUGCUAGUUUUAUCUUCCAACUUUGGGACGAGUUUUUGCUGCAGAGUUGUGUUGCUUUGUGAUUUUCGUCUGGGAUAAAGUGUACUGGACACAACCGGAAUGUUCCACAUUCCAUCACUCUGCAAUUUGUCCUGGAGUGACGUACACAUCCACCACGGAAAGGGAAUCAUCUCUGCCCCACAAUUCCCGAGUACUUGGAAGCACUUCUCCUGAGGGACCUACAGGAUCCUAAGGUUUCCUAGGUCACGGAACAACUAAUCUUGGUCCCUGAAUAUUUCUAGGGUUGUAAGUGCAGCUGUUUUAUUUCCUCUAGAACUCAUCCUGUUUCAAGGGAAGCACCUAAGAAGAUAUAGAGUGUUUCUAGAAUAAAGGACCUGCAGGUGUAAGCAUAGAUGAAAUAACUGUCCUGUCACAUGUGGUGCAGACCAUGGAGUGAAGCAGGCAUCGCCACCACCAUCCCUGCAGUGUCAGCAUAAGCAGUGUAGGGUGUCUCCAGCAAGCUGUUCAAUUCCGUGUGUAUUUAACAUGUGCAGAAGUAGCUUCUCUGUUUAAGUUUAAUAAAGUUGAGUUUCACCAGUC